CGGUUUUUGGUUUGACCAGUGUGCUAUCCUUCUCUUCUAUAUCUUUCUCUCUAUAUAUAUGCUAAUUUUUUUAAUCUCUUCAGCUUCUGCUUCUGCUUCUGCUUUUGCUUUUAAUAAUCAUCUAAAUCCCUCACCCUUCUCUCUCGAAAUUCCUCACUGCAUUUCCAGAUUAGUAUUCAUUUGACUCGCCUCUAGCUAGGGUUUUUCCCUUUCCACUAGCUGCAAGAUUUGAAAUUUCAGCUCAUGGAUGCCUCAAUAUUCCGAGGAAUUAAGUAAUUAUCCAAUUCUUCGCCCAAAAGGGGUUCAACUUUCAUCUUUCCGGAAAUAUCUUCCUCUUGCAGCAUGGGCUGCUUUACGGUUUUAAAGAGUAAGAAGAAGAAGAAGAAAACCGAGCAGACAAUCUAUGUUAAACGUGUAAACCCACAGGAGCAUUCCCCGACUGCAUUGCCUGAACCACAGUGCCAGACUCGUUCUUUACAGUCUGCACCUCCAAGUUUUAAAACCAGAGUGAAGCCUGUUCAGUCUAUUACGAGAGUAAGAAGUAGCAGGGCACGAGCAUUAUCAGCACCAUCGAGUCUUGAUGCUGCAGAACAAGAUGCACUUGCGUCUACAGAAUAUGAGGAACAGGAUGAACCAAGGAGUCGCUUUGGGUCAAUGAAAGAAUAUAAUUCACCAAGCCCUCAACCUCUUCCGCUUCCGUCACCCCGUGGCACAAAUUCUUUUAAGGCUACAACAAGCUUCAAGAUGAUGAAUUCCAGUGGCCCACUUGAUAUGUCUGGGCCGCUUCCGCUUCCUCCUACUUCACAUCCAACUCUGGCAGUGAAAGGAACACUUGUUAACUUUUCAUAUGAAGAGCUUGCAUCAGCUUGUCAUAAUUUCUCUCCUGAGAGAUGCAUGUCCGAAGGUCUAUCUUCUGUCAUCUACCGGGCUUCUUUUGCAGAGGAUGCAUCUGGAUCAAGAAAACUUGAAGCCACUGUAACCCGUCUUCACCCUUGCAAUCAGGGUUUGAAGGAGUUUGUGAAUGAUGUGAAUACCCUUGCUUCUUUACAACAUCCAUACCUCUGUAAAUUGAUUGGUUUUCAUGCUCGUGAAGGCUCUGACCACAGGAUGUUGGUCUAUGAGAGGCUAUUUCAUGGGAGCUUGGAUAGGCUUUUAUAUGGAAGAUCAGAUGGUCCACCUAUUGACUGGAAUAGUAGAAUGAAAGUUGCUUUCUGUGCUGCGCAUGGUCUAACAUUUUUACACGAGGAAGGACCCUUUCAGGCGAUGUUCCAUGAAUUUUCAACUGCAAAUAUACAGAUCGACAAGGAUUUUAGUGCAAAUCUUUCUGGUUAUGGUUGCAUAAGCCACAUCCCAGAGGGGGAUAUCUCCAGUGGCUCAGUUGCUGUGGCAAAUCUUUCACUGGAGACACUGGAGAAGGGUUUGCUCACCCCGAAGAGUAAUGUCUGGAGUUUUGGCAUUGUGCUUCUUGAAUUGCUCACGGGCAGGAAAAAUCUUGACAGCCGGCAUCCAAAGGAAGAGAGGAAUCUAGUGAAAUGGAGUCGGCCGUUCCUGGCUGAUGACUGUAGGUUGUCCCUAAUUAUGGAUCCUCAGCUAAAGGGCCGUUUCCCUGUAAAAGCAGCUCGGACGGUAGCUGAUAUUGCUCAAAGAUGUCUCCUGGUAGAUCCGUCCGAGAGGCCAACCAUGAGAAUCAUAGUGGAGCAUCUUAAAGCUAUACAAGACAUGAAGUACACCUCUCGAUUUCCUCUGCAAGAGCCAGGAUCAGUUAGUCAGAAGAAUAUGUCGAGAUCACCUAGUUUGAAUGGGAUUGUCAUUCCACCUACUCGAUCAAAUUGCUCGCCUACACCUCUAACUAAACCAUCCAUUACCCCUCAAAGUCUGCACGCACUGCCCCUGGCUCUACCCCCUAGAUCAAGUUCAUCUUCGUAUAUGUUGGAUGAAUUUGAUCGACAGGAAAGCCGGAGAUCGUCAUCCUCAACCGUUCGGAGAUCUAGUGUGGAAGGAUUUUGUUAGAUAGCGAUAAUUUUUUUUUUAAUUUUCCUUUUAUUUUCUUUUAACAUUAUGAAAUGUGAUCUUACAUAGUAUUAUAUAGAAGAUAAAGAUAUUUUCACAGUUGGUCAGAAAUUAUUCAGGUGGCCCAGUUUUUUGUAUAUGAAUUUGCUGUGAAUGAUUACAUUUUCUCCGAU